AUGGUUAAGUGGUUAACUUCCUCUCCUCGACGAUUUUUAAAAAUUAAAUCAAGUCUAUCCAAUCCUUUUUUCUUUGAUAAGUUCAACCGUUUUACUCUAUUUUCUAUUUUUAGGGAUUCUGCGCAUUAUCUACUUUAUUGUAUGAUUUUUGUCAUAUCAUCUCCAAUUACAUUGGCUCUUCUCCCAGUUUCAAUUUAUGCAAUUUUCAAUUUAAUUGCAACUCUAAACAAAUUUUCUACCGAAACUGGAGUUGCUCAUAAUUCUUUUAUAAUUUCUCGGCUGGUUCAAUUUAAGCAACAGGCAUCUCCAAAUAUGUUAAGUACUGCUGCUUGUGCUGAAAUAUUUCUUUUGCCAAUUAUUAUUUUGAUGAUUUUUAUGGGCAAAUCAAGUUUAAUUGGGCCAUUUGUUUAUUAUCGCUUUUUGACGAUGCGAUAUAUGUCUCGACGAAAUCCGUAUACAAGAGAAAUGUUUUCCCAAUUAAAAUUUAUUUUCAAUUCUUGGGCCAACAAUCCUUCAUGUCCUGCAUUCGUUUCUUCUUCAAUACUUAAAUUUAUUGCGUUGAUUGAACGUUUGGCUCCACAACAAGUUGCUAUGUAAAAAAAUUUGAUUUUUUUAUUAAGAUGAUCUAUAGUUGAUUUUUUGUGAUUGAGAGACUGAUCUUUACAAAAAGUAUAUUUUUUAAAUUUUUUUUGUUUUGACCAAUUAAUGACCAAUUAAUGCUACCAAAUCGUUGUUUUUUAGUUGCUUUUUUACGACAGUGGGUGGUAGUUUCCUUCAAAAAAUUUUUGAAACUUAUUCCUUUUAAUUUAACUAUUUGGCAGCAUUAUUAUCAGGGAUGUUGCGAGUUACUCGAAAUCUGGACUUCUUUCAACCCAAAUUUUUCUAAACUCGACCCGAACUUCUUC